CCAUCUGGACCGGAGUUUGGAUCUGGAUUUUGUCGUCUUCACUUAAGUCUCUUAACUGACUACAUACUGAACAGUUAUGUCUGGAUUUAGCUGAAGUCAGCACUUUACAGAUUUGUUCUACAUGAGCUGUUUGAUGCAGAAAAGAUAAAAACAGGUGUUAUAAAUCAGACUCUGAGCCUGGGCUCAUAUUUAUCAAGCGUCUCAGAAUCACACUGAGAGUUAACGAGGACUAAAACUAAUGAAUGAAGCAGAAGAGAAUUGACUGUGACUUUCAGGAUUAUUGCUUGGAGAGAGUGAGACGUCGCUGUUUUACCACAGUCAGAGCAGCAAAGUAGGAAUAAUGAUGACGUGUUGAAGUUUUCUCACAGUCUCAGCUGGAAAUAUUAAACAGUUUUAAUUUGGUAUAUUAUGUCUGUAUUAAUUAUGUGUAAGCAGGUAACUUACCAAGGUUAUGUAAUAAAACUAUGGUGCUAAAAUUCAUUGUAAGAUGAUAUUUAUAAACAAAUCAAACUUAAUCACUUCUUAAAACUGAUUUUUAUCCACUGAUCUACCAAUUACUUUAGUUUUAUAUGCUGUUCAUGUUCAAUUUGAAUCUUGUGUCUGUUUUUCUGGUUUAUUUCUUGCUGUUUGUUUGUGUUUGUUUUGUAUAAUGCGUUCUAUAAUAUUUUUUUAAAGAAGUUUUAUCCAUUUCUCUUCUUUGUUCUUGGUAAAAAAAAUAAAUUAUUGUCAGGUUAAGCUGCCAAAUAUGACACAAAAAGACAGAAAAUGGAAGAAAAAAACGAUAAAAAAUCUCAUCAUCAUCAUCAUCAUCUGCCUCCACCUGCACCUCCUCUCUUCCUCACACACCUCCCCUUCCGUCUCUGGCUGUCAGAUGAGAAGAACCUCCGCUUCUCCUCGGUGCUCCUCCUGCUGCACGGCGGCUCUUCCUCCCUCAGCCAGGCCGCUGUAGGGCACCGCAGGGCGGGGAAGGAGCGUCGCAGGACGGGGUGCCGGUGGAGCGGAUUUGUGGAGCUCUGGAGCUCCGGCAGCGUCCUCCUCUCUCAUGCUGCGUGCUGAGGAGCUGCAGACAGAUGCACGGAAAUAACCACCGGCUGUUUUCCUUGAUGCAUCAUUUCUGCACUGAGCGAAGCUGCAGAGAAAUAAACUCCAGAAGCAGAUUUAUUCCAGUUUGAGGCUCAGAAGAGGAGCCGGAUUUCUCACCAUGUUUCUGUUCUUGUGUCUGACAUGGACACAGCUGCUGAUCACAGAAUCGUCCUCUGGUGAUCUUGAGCUGCGUCUCUUCCCUUCACGUCGCUCUACUCGCCUCCCUCAGCCGGACUUGACCCCCCAGUACGAUGUGGACGACCCAUCAGAGCCCCACGUCCUCCACCACCACCACCACCACCAUCAUCUUCAUCAUCUUCAUCAUCCUGAUCAUCCUCACCACCGUCCUCAUCAUCAGCACCCUGCUAAGGUAGCCAAAGUGAUGCCAGCUGCACUCUUAAAGUCUCGGUUCCGUCAGGAGGCCAGCGGCCAGCGAACCCUCGACCUGCUGGCUCGGCCGGAGCACGAGGAGCAGCCGGAGCGCGCCGUGGUGUCCGCACGCCAUCUGGUUACCGUGUACCUGGCUGUGGAUGUGAGGAGGCUGAACGUCAGUCUUCUUCAGUGGUUUCGGGAAGGUGUAGCUGCAGCGUUGGGCGUUCCUGUGGGACACGUACACAUCAACCGACUCAAUGAGAAGAAGAACGGCAUCGAGCUCUUCGUGUCCUCUGAUAGGCUGGGGAGCUCUGAACCCCGCCCAGCUGAAGAAGUCAUCCAAUCACUGAACGUCAGGGUUCUUCAUCGCCACCUUGGGCACUUCGGCAUCACUGAAGUCUCUACUGAGAAGAACGUCCUGCAGGGAGAGCAGAGGGAUCACGUGUGGAGCCGGGAAGGGUUUUACGCCGUCGUCCUCUUCUUCACCGUCUUCAUCAUUGUCAUCACCUGCUUGAUGGUUUUGUACCGACUUAAAGACAAAGUUCAGGCUUCUGACAGACAGCUGAAAGCUCCACCCCCUGACCUCCGCCUGACCCCGACCCUCCCCCCAGACUCCGCCCAGAGGUCAAAGGGCACCAAGGUUCUGACAGGAAGUAUGGUCCAAGCUGAGCUUCCUCCAGCUGUAGCCACGCCCAUCGCCCAGCAGCAGCCAAUCAUAGCCUGCCGCCGCCUCGUGCCACCUGUCGUCCCUCUGCUCAGCUCCGCCCCCGUCCCCGUCGUCAACGGCAACAACCCAAUCCUCCAGGCCGGCGUUGCCCCGGCGACGGCCAGUAACGAGCUGAAGCCCUGCCCCUCGCCCUUCAAGAUGAAACCUGCUGCAGGACUUCAGGAGAGACGAGGCUCUAAUGUCUCUCUGGUGUUGGACAUGUCGGCUCUGGGGUCCGUGGAGCCUCUCAGCGUUGCCGUGGUAACCCCGAGGGAGGCAGCGGCCAGGGAGUACCUGCUGUCAGCCGGACGGCCACUCACGCGGCAGCAGCUCCGUGACAUCAUCAACAACACGCACAAGCUGCACACUGAGUUUGCCGAAAUACCCAUGAACUUCACUGAUCCCAAGGAGCUCGAUAUCCCGAACCAUGGACCCAAAAACAGAUACAAAACCAUACUGCCCAAUCCUCAUUCCAGAGUGAUCCUGAAGUCGAAGAGCUGCAACGACCUGCUGAGCUCUUACAUCAACGCCAACUACGUACGAGGUUACCUAGGCGACGAGAAGGCGUACAUCGCCACGCAGGGUCCCAUGGUGAACACGGUGAAUGACUUCUGGCAGAUGGCCUGGCAGGAAGAGGCGCCCGUCAUCGUCAUGAUCACCAAACUGAAGGAGAAGAACGAGAAGUGUGUUCUGUAUUGGCCGGAGAAGAGAGGGAUCUACGGGAAGGUUGAGGUUCUAGUCAACAGCAUCAGAGAGUGUGAACACUACACCACUCGCAGCCUCACACUAAAGUGUGGGAAUCAGACCCGUACUCUCCAGCAUUACUGGUACACAUCAUGGCCGGACCAUAAAACCCCCGACUCGGCACUGCCGCUGCUGCAGCUGAUGGCCGACGUUGAGACGGACCGACGGACGGCUGCCAACGUUGGACCGGUUAUAGUUCACUGCAGCGCUGGGAUUGGCCGAACGGGCUGCUUCAUCGCUACCACGAUAGGCUGUCGGCAGCUGCAGUUGGAAGGAGUGGUGGACGUACUGGGCAUCAUCUGCCAGCUCCGAGCCGACAGAGGUGGUAUGAUCCAGACCGGUGAGCAGUAUGAGUUCGUCCAUCAUGCCUUGUGCCUGUACGAGGCCCGCCUCUCUGCAGAAACCGGCCAAUGAGCUCGCACCGCCAAAGGAGGCGGUAGCUUAAACCUGGAUGGUGAAUCCUUUAGCAGGUUUGAUCUCUGAGCUUUUGGGGAUUUCUGGAGGAAGUCUUUGAACUUGAUGGACAACCAAUGAGGACUGUUGUGGGCAGAGCCUGCUGAAGAAAAGAGGUAAAAUUUCCGAAAGUGGAAUGUAUCUGUUCUUCUUGUCUGCAGUUUCUACUU